UAUGUGUAUGAUCUCAGCUGUUCUGUGCAGGGAACCCAGAUUUCAUGAACUGUAGAUUACUUCAUUUGACCACAAAAGGAUUCCCUGAAUGAUUGCAUAGUGUUGGAGAAGAUUUUAUCCUCUAAAUAUUGGAAUAUUUAUAUGAAUAGUAAAACUUCUCCCAUUUUCUUUUUAUUAAAGGAAAACCACUGCAGGAGAAUAAAAAUCCUAGGGGACUGUUACUACUGUGUAUCAGGAUUGACCCAGCCCAAAACAGAUCAUGCUCAUUGCUGUGUUGAAAUGGGACUGGAUAUGAUUGACACCAUCACGUCUGUUGCAGAAGCUACAGAGGUUGAUCUCAACAUGAGAGUUGGAUUGCAUACAGGCAGGGUGCUUUGUGGGGUCCUGGGUCUCCGAAAAUGGCAAUAUGAUGUCUGGUCAAAUGAUGUGACUUUAGCUAAUGUAAUGGAAGCUGGAGGACUGCCUGGGAAAGUUCACAUUACAAAGACCACCUUAGAGUGCCUAAACGGGGACUAUGAGGUAGAACCAGGAUAUGGUCAUGAAAGGAAUAGUUUCUUGAAGAAGCAUAAUAUUGAAACUUAUUUUAUUGUGCCAUCCCAUCGUAGGAAGAUAUUUCCUGGAUUGAUUCUCUCAGACAUUAAGCCUGCCAAAAGAAUGAAGUUCAAGACAGUCUGUUACCUGCUUGUUCAGCUCAUGCACUGUCGUAAGAUGUUCAAAGCAGAGAUCCCUUUCUCCAAUGUCAUGACGUGUGAGGAUGACGAUAAGAGGAGAGCAUUAAGGACAGCCUCUGAAAAACUCAGGAAUCGUUCCUCUUUUUCUACCAAUGUUGUAUACAACACUCCAGGAACUCGAGUAAACAGAUACAUCAGCCGUUUGAUAGAGGCCCGGCAAACUGAGUCUGAGAUGGCUGACUUGAACUUCAUUACCCUGAAGUAUAAGCAAAUUGAGCGUGAAAAUAAAUACCACCAGCUUCAGGAUGAGUACUUCACCAGUGCUGUAGUUCUCUCACUAAUUCUAGCUGCCUUAUUUGGCCUUGUCUACCUUCUAAUAAUACCACAGAGUACCAUAGUUCUUGUUCUCCUGGUGUUCUGCAUAUGCUUCCUAGUGGCUUGUAUUAUGUACCUACAUGUCACAAGAGUACAAUGUUUUCCAGGGUGCCUGACAAUACAAAUUCGUACCAUUUUGUGUAUUUUUAUUGUGAUCUUAAUAUACUCUGUGGCUCAAGGAUGUGUGGUUGGCUGUAUGCCUUGGGUUUGGAAUACCAAUUCCAGCAGUUCAAUAGUUAUCAUUUCUCCUGGUGGAACAAAUAAAACAAUGAAUGAACUUCCAUGUGACACAGCCCACUAUGCUUUCCUUUCCUGUGUAGUGGGGACUCUCACCUUGGCAAUAUUUCUACGUGUAUCUUCCUUGCCAAAAAUGAUUCUCCUGCUUUUUGUUACAAUUUUUUACAUAGUUAUUUUGGAACUCAGUGGUUACAGAAAAGCAAUGGGAGGUGGCUCCUUUUAUAUGCGUGGCUAUGAACCGAUACUGGCAAUUUUGCUAUUUUCUUGUGCUUUGGCACUGCAUUCCAGACAGGUGGACUUGAAGCUGCGUCUAGACUACCUCUGGGCUGUGCAG